AGCACUGACCAAUCAGAGCGCAAAUACCCUGAACUUCCUGCUUUGAGUCUCCGAGUCCUGCGACGCUGACUGAAUAUGUUGACAAUAAUAAUAAACGCUUGAGUGAUGUUUAUAAUGUACGGAAUAUAUGAAGACUACAAACACAAGACAGUAUAGACGGGCCCAUGAUGGCCGUGUCUCUGCUGUGGGCAGUGGAUGUGUACGGCCGCGUGUUCAGUGUGUCUGCCGCCAGAGGGCGCUGGACACGCGCUGCGGAUCUGCUGCUCGAGCUGAAGCGCGUGACGGCCUCUCAGCAGUGCUGCUGGGGUGUUGGAUGCGAUCAUCUGCUUUAUCUCAAUGUCUGUCCCACUGAUGUACCUAUACGCCACCAGGAAGAGACCUAUGAAAACCAGAGAUGGAACCCAGUUGACGGUUUCACAGACACACUUCUACCGACAGACCGCUGGUCGUGGACAGAUGAGUCCGGCUUGAAUCAACAGCCUCUUCACAGCUUUGUGUUGCCUUCGGCUAACUGGGAGUGGGAGGGCGAUUGGUACGUGGAUGAUGAAAGCUGUGGAAGAGAAUCCUCAGAGACGGGGGGUUGGGAGUAUGCAGUGGAUUUUCCUGCCACCUUUACUAAAGAAAAGAAGUGGAACUCGUGCGUCCGUCGCCGGCGAUGGCUUCGCUAUAGGAGAUAUAAAGAACUGGGAUCGUGGACCAAGGUGCCUGUGGACAAAGCCAGACCUCCUCCAGAGCCAUUCACUGAUAUUAGCUGUGGAGGAUGGGACAUGAGUGACAGUCCUGAGAAGCACAUUUACCUGUGGGCGGUGUCCCAGCAAGGAAAGGUUUGGUUCCGUACGGGGAUCCGGCAGCAGAACCCAGAGGGAACCAGCUGGGAGUCUGUCCACGUGCCUAGAGAGGUGACUCAGGUUAGCGCAGGGCCAAAAGACCUGCUGUGGGCCGUGCUCUGGGACGGACAACUGCUGGUCAGAACAGGCAUCAGCAGAGACUGCCCGAAAGGGUCGUCUUGGGAGGUGGUGGAGUCUCCGAAUCAGAAAGGAGUCGCUCAUGUCGCAGUUGGUCUCAGUGUGGUUUGGGCCACAACUAAGGACAACAAAGUUUGGUUCAGGAGGGGGGUGAAUUCUCACAAUCCCACUGGCUCAGGCUGGAUUAGUAUUGGUGGAGAGAUGGUGAUGCUAAGUGUUGGGCCCAAUGACCAAGUAUGGGGGGUUGGCAGCGAUGACCGGAUGGUGUAUUUUCGUCAUGGCGUGACGGCCACAGAGGUCAUUGGCAGGUCGUGGGUCACCGUCUCUGCCCAGCUGGACUGCAGUGGAACCACAAAUCAUUCCAGUGUCUGCACACCUACCGAUGCUGCUGUCUUCAGUAGUGAAGUCACGACUCCUUCCCAGGGUUCUGUUCUGGGUUGUGAUGACACGGACAUUUCAAAGCCACGCCUCCCAAAGAUCACGAGCGACAGCUUUAUCUCCUCGCUGGUGUCUGAUUGUCCUGCUGCCCAUCCCAAUGUACCUGAGGGUAAUCAAGUGAUGAGUGAAGGGCCCGAUUCGUCUAUCAUGACCCCGACACUGCCGUGCAGCCAAUCAGAUGGUGGCGAUACACCGUGGAGUAAUGUCGAGUUGGAAGAGAUGAAAGGCUCGGCUCCCAGCAUUGCCCGGAGCUCUGUAGCCACGUAUGCCUUAGAGCUGGAGCAGAGGACGGUGGAGGAAGUGCCGCCCUGGGCCUGUGUCGCCGGUGGAGGAUGUGACAUAGACUUCAGCUUACCUGUCCGCUGGCUGAACACCUCAGAUGCAAGACCGAUCUCUCCGUCCAUCAGCCCUGCUCUCAAUACUACAAACACACAAACACAGACUGAGAUAACUCAACAUGAAAAAGGCUCGACCAUAGAGAAGUGUGUACGUGUAACGAGAGGUUGUAUGUAUUGGUGGAGGGAUUGGUUUCCUUAUCAAUGGGAAGAUGUCAGUGUGAUGCUGGAGCAGGUGAGAGGUGAUGGAUGUCAGACAGAUCACAUCCUUUAUCUCUACUACACUGAAAACCAGCAGAAAAAGUAUUUGCAUGCUUCGAUAAAGGAGGUGACUGCACUGGUGCCUGUGUUUAGAGACUCUCUGUACACUAUGGCUGUGUACACACCAGAACGCACCCGACAGAGACGACCCAUUUUACUGGCAACUCGCUCUCUACAGGACUUCAGUACUUGGUUGUCUUUGCUGAACGAGUCGUGCUGUGAAUUCAGAGGUCUUGAAGAUCGUAUCUCUAAACAGGCCAUGUGGGCUGUGACAUCUAAAGGUGACAUCAUGGUCCAUGAACCGUCACCGAGUCUGGAGGCUGCAGCGCAGUAUUUACCAUGCGAUCACAUGUUCUGGCGUCAGGUCCCGGGUCACCUGUUCUGUGUGGAGUCUAACAGUCUGGGUGUGGUGUGGGGCGUCGGUCACGAUCACACCGCCUGGGUUUACACGGGGGGCUGCAGGGGAGACUCGACUCAGGGAGACGAAAAUGUUAAGCAGACAAUAACUGACAUCAGGAACGUCUACAUCUAUGAGAACCAGCGCUGGAAUCCCAUGACAGGAUACACGGAUAAGGGUCUUCCAACAGAUCGCUACAUGUGGAGUGAUGCUUCAGGUCUCAGAGAGUGCACCAAAGAAAACACCAACCCUCCGUCACCACAGUGGACAUGGAUUUCUGAUUGGACAGUAGACUACGGUGUGCCAGGAGGUUCAGACAAAGAAGGCUGGCAGUAUGCUGCAGAGUUCACUUUGACCUUUCACGGUUAUAAGACAAUGAAGGAUUUCGUGCGCCGCAGACGAUGGGUGAGGAAGUGUGAGAUCAAUCUUACUGGACCUUGGGAGAAGGUUCCACCCAUCCGGCUGACGGAUAUCACCAUCCUGCCGUGUCUGGCUCAGUGCGGUCUAGAGCAGGUUCCUCUGUGGGCCAUCAGCGAGAAAGGAGACGUGCUGUGUCGCCUGGGAGUCACGGCCGACAACCCUGCCGGCAACUCAUGGCUUCAUGUGGGGACCGACCAGCCGUUUAAGUCCAUUUGCAUAGGAGGAGGUCACCAGGUGUGGGGUAUUGCCAGGGACGGUGCCAUCUUCUACCGGGGCUCUGUGUCUGCCCACAACCCAGCCGGCGAGUGCUGGUACCACAUCCCCUCUCCUCCUCGACAAACGCUCAAACAGGUGUCUGUGGGCCGCACCUCGGUUUGUGCUGUGGAUGAAAACAGUAAUCUGUGGUACAGACAGGGUUUGACACCCAGCUAUCCUCAGGGCUCUGCAUGGGAACUCAUCUCCAGUAAUGUGUGUAAAGUGUCUGUUGGACAACUGGAUCAGGUUUGGAUCAUCGCUGAUAAAGUGCCAGGUUUUCCAUCGGAAAGUUCAGGAACUGUGUGCCACAGACUGGGAGUGAAGCCCAUGUACGCAAAAGGCCUGAGCUGGGACUUUGGCAUCGGGGGUGGAUGGGAGCACCUGUCAGUGAGAGGAAACUCCACAGAGGCUCAGCGGGUGACUCCGCGCAGUCCACAUCCCAGCCGGACACAGAGUCAGCCUCUUGCGGGACAUCGCUGACACCGGAGCUGUUUGCACACAGAGCGCUGGCCUACUGUCAUGCUCACUGAAACAGUCGAAAGAUAAAUGGACAGAUAUCUGAGACCCUGCGCCCUGCCCCGGGCAAAAGAAGCAAAUACAGUACUGUUGGCGGGUCACCGAGGAGUGGAGCUGAAGUUUUGGCCGUACAUGGAAAAUGAGUGCGUGGACGACAAAACGGAAACAGGAGCUACUGCUGUGUGCGGCAAUUUUAUACUUGAAAUAUAUUAUUUUAAUAUCGGUUUAUAUUUUUUUUGACAUACAUCUUACAGUCCACAGAAAGACUGAAUAGCUAUUCGCAUAAACUAAAUGAUUUCUGUGCUCCAUCUGUAAUACGUUUCCUUAUUAUAUGUAUGCGACAAUAUAAAUUAUGUAAAUGUUAUCAUAUUAUUUUCAUUAAAAUAAAUCACACUAAUAAUAAAUUAUAUAAAGCUGUCA